AUGGUGAGAGGCUCCUCACCGCUGAGGCGGUCACGAGCUCCUACUAUCACGCUUGAUACUUCAGCCGUGAACGAUCAAGAAAAUGACCACACAUCAUCAUCACCAUCAUCGGAUAACGCCGAUGAGGUGAAUAACACAUUAUCAGUGCCUACAAGAAAGUCGAGGUCACAGUCGUGGGAUUCAAAUAACACGACAUUAGCAAAGUCUAAAACAAAUGACGGCACCGACAAGGGCUCCCCUACCAUUCACCUCUCCGGUUCCCCCAAGGGCUUCGGCGAUAACCCGGACGCUCUUGCUCCUAACCCUGGCGAGGAAGACUCAUUUCACGUCCAGAAUAACCCAUUUGCCUUUUCACCAGGUCAAGUAUCGAAGCUUAUUAACCCAAAAAGCUUGGACGCAUUUGUCGCCGUUGGAGGGUUGACAGGUCUGGAAAAGGGGUUGCGGACAGACAGACGCGCUGGUCUUAGUCUCGAUGAAUCGCGUCUCGAUGGCAACGUCAGCUUCGACGAGGCGGUCGCUGCCGGGAAGAAGUUAUUGUCACCAACAGAACCACUUCCGACAAAGGCUCUGGAGCAAGAUCCGGUCCAGCAUGGAGACGGCGCCGGCAAGGGCUUCGACGACCGGAAGCGGGUGUUUGGGCAAAAUAUCCUCCCCGAAAGGAAGUCGAAAUCGCUACUCCAGCUCGCCUGGAUCGCAAUGAAGGACAAGGUUUUGAUUCUGUUGAGCGUGGCGGCUGUGGUAUCUUUAGCACUGGGACUCUACCAGACAUUUGGCGCGACACAUCACGGAGACGACACGGCCAAGCUCGAAUGGAUUGAGGGUGUCGCCAUCAUCGUUGCUAUUUUGAUUGUUGUCAUCGUUGGAUCUCUCAACGACUGGCAAAAGGAGCGUCAAUUUCGGAAACUAAACCAAAAGAAGGAGGACCGCUUCGUCAAGGUGAUUCGUUCUGGAAAACCUUCUAGCAUUUCGGUACACGACAUUCUGGUUGGCGAUGUGAUGCUGCUGGAGCAGGGCGACAUCCUUCCGGUGGAUGGUGUAUUCAUCGACGGCCACAAUGUCAGCUGUGACGAGUCUUCCGCGACCGGCGAAUCCGAUCUCAUCAAGAAGGUUCCUGCAGACGCUGUCAUGAGGGCGUUGCACGAGGAGGAUGCGAACCCCAAGAAGCUUGACCCUUUCAUCAUCUCUGGAGCCAGAGUUCUGGACGGUGUUGGCACGUUUUUGGUUACUGCUGUUGGUCAAAACUCUAGCCACGGCAAGACGAUGAUGUCUCUCCGCGACGACCCCGGCCUGACGCCCCUGCAGCUCAAGCUGAACAUCCUCGCAGGCUACAUUGCGAAGCUCGGCAGUGGAGCGGGUUUGCUGCUUCUCGGCGUCCUUACAAUCGAAUUCUUGGCCCAUCUCCCCCAGAACAGAGAUUCUCCGGAGCAGAAAGGUCAACGCUUCCUCCAAAUUCUCAUCACCGCCAUUACCAUCAUCGUCGUCGCCGUCCCUGAGGGUUUGCCCCUCGCAGUCACCCUUGCCCUGGCAUACGCCACCAAGCGAAUGACAAAGGAGAACAACCUUGUCCGCCACCUGCAGUCUUGUGAAACCAUGGGUAAUGCGACAGUUAUUUGCUCUGACAAGACUGGUACAUUGACGGAGAACGUCAUGACGGUUGUCGCUGGUUCCUUGGGCACGGGCAACUUGAAGUUUGGCGAAGGAGAUGAGCAGGCCAGCUCAUCAGACCAGGGCGAACAAGUUGACCAGCAGGAGCAUAUCCAGGUCACUGGAGAUGGUAAGAAGACCGAGAACAGAUCUUCAACACAGGUUCCCAUGUCCAAGCUUUCUUCGUCUCUUGACGCCGAAUACAAGGACCUUGUCAAGCAAUCGAUCGCGAUGAACACGACGGCGUUUGAGACGGAAGAAAGCGGAAAGCAUGAGUUUGUGGGCACGAAAACGGAAACUGCCCUGCUCGACUGGGCUCGUCGAUGCUUCGCUCUCGAGAAGCUUGCCAUCGAACGUGAAAACCACCCUGUCCAGCAACUCUUCCCUUUCAACUCCAAGCGGAAGUGCAUGGGUGCCGCGGUGCGCCUCCCCGACAACAAGUACCGCCUCUUCGUCAAAGGUGCCCCCGAAAUUCUCCUUGGACAAUGUACACACGCUGUUGUCGACCCGACGAAACCUCCUUCUGCCAGCUCAAUGGAGUCCCAGCAACAAGACGAGGUCCGACGCACCAUCUCCGAGUACGCCUCUCGUUCGCUCCGCACCCUUGCCAUUGCCUACCGAGAUUUCGAUCAAUGGCCGCCGAAGGAUUCCCGCAAGGAGGAGGGCUCGCAGAACAUCGAGUUCUCAAGUCUGUUCAAGAACUUGACAUGGUUGGGUGUCGUGGGAAUCCAAGACCCCGUGCGAGCCGGUGUUCCCAAGGCAGUGAACGACUGCCGCCUUGCUUCGGUGUCUGUCAAGAUGGUUACCGGUGACAACGUCGAGACCGCAAGGGCUAUUGCACGCGACUGUGGUAUUCUGACCGAGAAGGGCAAGGUCAUGGAGGGUGUCGAGUUCCGCCGCAUGGAAGACCGCGAACGACUUGCGAUUGUCAAAGACCUGUGCGUACUGGCACGUUCGAGCCCGGAGGACAAGCGAAUUCUGGUUAAAGCGCUGAGGAGCCUGGGCGAAGUCGUUGCCGUCACUGGAGAUGGCACCAACGACGCGCCCGCCCUCAAGUCUGCCGAUGUUGGUUUCUCAAUGGGCAUUACGGGAACGGAGGUUGCCAAGGAGGCUUCGGACAUUAUCCUGAUGGACGACAAUUUCUCAUCCAUCGUUAAGGCUUUGUCUUGGGGUCGCGCCAUCAACGACGCCGUCAAGAAGUUCCUUCAGUUCCAGAUCACCGUCAACAUCACCGCCGUCAUCCUCACCUUCGUCACGGCCGUGGGUAGCGAAUCGCAAGAACCUGUUUUGAACGCUGUUCAGCUUCUCUGGGUUAACCUCAUCAUGGACACAUUUGCUGCUCUCGCCCUGGCCACGGACCCUCCUACGGAAAGCAUGCUUCACCGCAAGCCCGAGGCCAAGACGGCUGCUCUAAUUAACACGCCAAUGUGGAAGAUGAUUAUUGGACAGUCAAUCUACCAGCUUAUCGUCACCCUCAUUCUUCACUUUGUCGGCCCCAGCUUCCUCAAGUAUCCCAGAGGCGAGCAGAAGACCCUCGUCUUCAACGUCUUCGUCUUCAUGCAAAUCUUCAAGCUUGUCAACAGCAGACGUAUUGAUAACAAGCUUAACAUCUUUGAGGGCAUCACCAAGAACAAGCUCUUCGCUCUGAUGAUGGCCAUCAUGGCAGCCGGACAGGUUCUCAUCGUCUUCGUCGGUGGCGCCGCCUUCAAGGUUGAGCGCCUCAAUGGUCCCCAAUGGGGCAUCUCUAUCGUCCUCGGCUUCCUCUCGAUCCCUGUCGGUGUGCUCAUCCGCCUGGUUCCCGACGCCUUCUGCGUCGCUCUCGUCCGCCCCAUCGGCAAGGUUUGGGCCAAGAUUCCCAAGUGGAAGCGCAAGAAGAAGAGUGACGACGAGGAGGACGCUGAGCAUCUUGGUGGCGUCGCGGAGGCCCUGAUGGAGAUCCGCGAAGACCUCGCCUUCCUGAAGCGCAUCAAGGGAGGUCGCAUCAAUCAGAUCAGUGAGGUCAUCAUGAAGCCUCGCGAGUAUCGCGAGCGGGCCCGGAGCCGAAGCGGCUCCAGGUCGUCAAGCAGACACAACAUGUCACCUAUGAAAUCCGCUCUCGGCAUGCCGGGUAUCGUUGCAGCCAGUGUCGGAGGCUUAUCACCGGUCGAGCGGCCGGUGAGCAAUGACCGCAGAACUACGGAAGGCGGAAACGAGGAGGAAAACCGAACCAAUUAA